UUGCACGUGCGUGUGAAUGGUUGUCAGAUAGAGAAAGUCAGACAGCGCAUGAGCAGCUAGUUUAAAAAGCUUAUUAGUAAAUAUCGACGCCAUUGUAUGGAGAGUUUUGACGAUUGAAGAGAAUCGCAGAAAAAAGCAGAGAACUCAUAUAUAAUCUUCAGGAGAAUAUGUACAACAGCGUUUUGCUUUUCGGCCACCUCCUGAUAAUAAGUGCAGUGGAAGCUGGUGCAGGUGGAGUGUCAUUCUGGAGGGAAACUGUCACAAUGACAUGCCCAAAUAAUGGAACUUGGUUCAAAGCUGGAACAAAGGUGGACACUGGAAACAAUUCCUAUACACUUACUUAUAAUGGCAAAAACAAAGGCCUUUACCAUUGUGAAUAUGGAACGAACAUCAAAUAUUAUUUCUACGUGGAAGGAAAAGUGUGCACUAAUUGUUUUGAGCUGGAUGCAACAAUGUUUGGGUCGGUCAUUGUUGCAGAUGUGAGCAUAACAAUUAUAUUGAUGAUGCUCAUCUAUAAGUGCACCAAGAAGAAAAGUUCACCUGGUGCAAAGGCACCUGCAGGCCCGGCCCCUCCUUCUCCAGACUAUGAGCACCUGAACACGCACAGACGCUCGCAGGAUCCAUACUCUUUUAUCAACAAUAACAAGUUAAUGUGAGGCAGGUCACAAGCUGGAACAUUUCAUCAGGGAAGACAAUCAACUGAAAAAAAAAGAGGAGCUGCAUGGAAACAUUUUGCUCUUAUUAGUGUUAGUAUUCUGGCAGCUCCAUACAAUCAUAAGUGGACAAGCAGGUCACUCAUCAUUUCAUCAUAAUUAAGGAACGAUGACUACACAAAGUAGGAUCAGGGCACAAACUCAUUCCCAUGUGAAUGUAUCAGACAAAAGUACUAAAAGUUAAACUUUCUAUCUAAUUUGGAAUAUUCUACAGCAACAUGAGUGGCCAUUUGUCUGUGUGACAUUGUUGUGUAUCAGAAUACACCUGACAAACAUAGCUGAUAUGCACUGGGCAAAAUGGUCUGCAAAGUUAUACGAUUGGGCGUCUAAGGUCAAAAGUCAUCUAGCCCUGGGUUCUGGAUGACCUCUGAUUUGUUCUGAGUUAGUAAAAAAUGCAUUCACAUUGGAAAUAAUAGGAAAUGAAAUAUACCCAUUACUUUUUUACCAGUCAACCUCUCGCCAUCAUAAAACCUUUAUAACUGUACAGGCAAUGUUUGAAGUUAUAUUUUAACAUUUUAAACUAUCAUCAAAGUGAAAUAAAUACUUACAAUUACUUAUAUGGAAGUGCAGAGUGAAGCUAGAAGAUUGCUGAACGUGAACUGAUUUCAUUUUUUACCUGUUGCACAAGUGGAAUGAUAAUUUAACAGCUGUAUAUUAAAACAUUAUAACAAAUAAUUGUGCACUCAGCUAUAACUUUGAUGAAUGUGUACAGAUCAUUGUGAGUAUAUUUGCAUUAUUUACCGGUGUACAAGUUCUUAUUUUAUUGUUGAUAUCAACUUAUUGUCGCUUUAGUCCAUAUUGUAGUGAGCAGCUGGCACAGAUUCGUGUGUACAAUGGUGCCAACUGGCCCACUGGAUAUGUACUGUCGGUAUCUUGUGAAAUCAUUGAUCAUUUUUGGGAUAAAUAAUAAACCUUAAUCCAAAAAAAGCGUCUUCAAAUCGAUGAAUAUCAUGAAUUAAUUAACCUGGAAUUUUUUUUAAAAAGUCAUUUGAGAAAAUGUGUUAUUUCAGAAGUGUGUAUCAAACUGGUAGCCCUCCUUUUGAAUCAGUAUCCAAGAUUUGAGAAGUAGCUCUCAGUUUCAAAAAAGUUGGUGGCCACUGCUUGAGGUGCUAAUUGAGUUAAGGUAUUGCGUGUGAGAUGGGCUGAGGUCUUGGGGGAUUUAUUGAUCUAAUUCUGACAUCAGAAUUUAGAGGUUACAAUGUAUUUGGCAAUGUGAAUGCUAUAUAUGGUUUGUCUUAUUUUCAUCCGAUUGAUGUUACAUUGUUAGUUUUAGGGGUUUAUGGGAUUAGCCAUCACAAUGACAAUGACCAGCAAGUAUAUAGGUGAAAGUAUGUUUGUUUUCUUUGCAAUGGAGUCAAUAACUCCUCAUUGGGUGGUUGGACUUCAUGAAAUUGUCUGUAUCUACAGUAUAACCAUUUGUCGGGUUGAACCAUAAAUGCUAUCCAAUACACAAAUGUUGAACAUUUUCAACUGCUCUAAAUGUAUUCUUUUAUUCAAAUAAAAUCAUGCUUAUUUUA